AUGCCGGUCACAGUUGGAGUUCUCGCCUUGCAGGGCGCAUUCUACGAACAUAUUCAGCUGCUGAAAAAGGCCGCCGAGGAGGAAGCUCUGUUGGAUUGGGAGUUCAUUGAGGUGCGAACGCCACAGGAACUCGCCAAAUGCGAUGGGCUUGUGUUGCCUGGAGGCGAGAGCACUACUAUGUCUCUGGUUGCUGCCCGGUCUAACCUUUUGGAGCCCCUGAGAGACUAUGUCAAAGUGCACCGCAAGCCAACCUGGGGCACUUGCGCAGGACUGAUAUUACUUGCGGAGUCGGCCAACAAGACCAAGAAGGGUGGACAGGAGCUCAUUGGUGGGCUCGACGUUCGAGUUAAUCGCAAUCAUUUUGGACGGCAGACUGAGAGCUUUCAGGGCCCGUUGGAUCUGCCAUUCCUCGGUGAACACGCCCCACCAUUCCCUGCAGUCUUUAUUCGAGCUCCCAUUGUGGAAUGUAUCUUGCCGCACCAGGAGGGAAUCCAGCUUGGGGAGGCUGAGCGGGAUGACACCGUCGUCGCACCCUCCAGACAGGCCAAGGGCUCGGUCGCGGAAGCUGCCACGGCCGAUCAAGUCGAGGUGCUGGCCACCUUGACCGGGGCCGCGGCUCGGAGCGCCACCCAAGGGCGUGAUAUCAGCCCGGACCGAGAAGUUGGGGACGUCGUGGCCGUUCGUCAGGGCAAUGUUUUCGGAACAAGCUUCCACCCAGAGCUGACUGGAGACGCAAGAAUCCACGCGUGGUGGUUGCACCAGGUGCAGUCCGCUGUGAACAAAAGAAAGAAGCUGGGCCAGUAG